UCCGUACCCACUGUAAUUUUAAUGAUUAGCCCAACAUCUAGCACCUGUGCUGCUAGAUGACGGUGCAGCUUUCAUGACAGCUUUGGCGACGAACCGCUUUCUUGCACCUGUUUACACCAGACAGGCCUGUGCUUGUACUGUAACCUGACGUCACUGGUUAGAAACCUACUUUACCGUGACUUUUUUCCCUUUUAAUUUUGUAGUAAGUAACGGAAAGGCAGAGGUGGAAAUGUAUCGGAGUAAAAGUACACAUUUUAUUUAGGAAAUGUUGUGAAGUAAAAGUAAAAGUUCACAAAAUUUUAAAAACUCAAGUAAAGUACAGAUACUCCCAAAAAUACUUAAGUAGUGUAACGAAGUAAUACUUCGUUACAUUACACCUCUGAUUUGCUCUUUAAAAAGAAGAAGGGAGCCCACUUGGGCUGCAUAUGCUCGGGGCUCAGCAGUGCCUCACACCCAUCCACACACACACACACACAACUCACACAUCCACGCCAUCUCCUUCAAUCCCUCACAAUCAUGGGAGCAAAUGCGGCCAUGUCGCGUCAAUCAUGUGACUGACCAAUGACUGCUUUCCCAGGGAGCACUUUCGGUGGCGUUUCCUGUCAGUGUUUGUAAACUGAGAAAAAAUUGGAAGUGCGACAAGAAAUAAUAAUCUACAAAACUCUAAGAACCGGAAGUGGGGACAAAGGUUGACUUCCCUUCCUGCCUUUGGAGCCAUUUUUGUCCAGUCUGACUUACCAGUACGGCCAAACUGAAGGGCUGAAAUUCACCAACUCUUUAGACGUUUGACUAUGACAGACAUGUUUCAUUUGUCAUCAGCAGACGGGCAGGCCCAGGAACCAGCUAAUUGCUAUGACCUGAAUGAGUCUCUUGUUGAUCAUGCAGAGGGUCAACACUUCUUGAAUGAAGCCUUCAAAAUUAUUACAGAAGAGGUGCUCUGCAAGGGCACAGAUGUCAAACAGAAGGUUUGUGAGUGGAAGGAGCCAGAUGAGCUGGCUCUGCUGCUGGAUCUGGAGUUGAGGGCAACAGGGGAGCCAGAACACAGGCUCCUACAGAGAGUAAAAGAUGUCGCCAAAUACAGCGUCAAAACUUGCCACCCACAUUUUUUUAACCAGCAGUUUGGUGGACUCGACUACCAUUCCUUGGGUGGACGAUUCCUCACAGAGGCUCUCAACACUGCUAUCCACAGCUAUGAGUUGUCCCCAGUGUUUGUGCUGAUGGAGGCUGAGGUUCUGAGAGGGCUGCGUCAGCUGGUGGGCUGGACAGAAGGUGAUGGCAUUUUCUGCCCGGGUGGAUCUGUGUCUAACAUGUAUGCCAUAAACCUUGCACGAUACCAACUCUUCCCAGAGGCCAAAAGCAAGGGACUGUGGUCUCUCCCACAACUGAUCCUGUUUACAUCUCAAGAGAGCCAUUUCUCUGUGAUGAAAGGGGCUGCAUUUCUGGGUAUUGGGACAGACAAUGUGAUCUCGGUGAAAGUGGAUGAAGGAGGGCAUAUGAUUCCAGAGGAUCUAGAUGAAAAAAUAAUGCUGGUAAAAUCUCAGGGUGCGGUGCCAUUCCUUGUCAGCUGCACAUCAGGGACCACAGUUCAGGGUGCUUUUGAUCCAUUGGAUCUCAUAGCUGAUGUCUGUGAGAAACACAAGCUCUGGAUGCACGUAGAUGCUGCCUGGGGAGGGAGUGUGCUCUUUUCCAAGCAACACAGGCAUUUGAUGAAAGGGAUUGACAGAGCAAAUUCAGUAGCCUGGAAUCUGCACAAGAUGCUGGUGGCUGGCCUGCAGUGUUCUGCCUUUCUGCUAAAGGAUACUACGAACUUGAUGAAGCAGUGCCACAGUGCCACUGCCACAUACCUCUUCCAGCAAGACAAAUUCUAUGAUGUAAAUCUGGACAUUGGGAAUAAGUCUGUGCAGUGCAGCCGCAGAGUUGACUGUCUGAAGUUGUGGUUGAUGUGGAAAGCUGUUGGCUCGAAUGGCUUGGCAGAGCGCGUAGACAGAGUUUUUAUCCUUGUAAGGUAUCUGGUGGAACAGAUGAAGAUAAGAGAAGGAUUGCUACUUUUGCAUGAGCCGGAGUUUGCAAAUGUAUGCUUUUGGUAUAUACCACCAAGCUUGAGAGGGAAGGAAGGAAAUGCAGAUUACCAGGACAAACUGGCAAAAGUAGCUCCAGUUAUCAAGGAACGCAUGAUGAAACAAGGCACUUUGAUGGUAAGCUACCAACCUCUGGGAAACAAGGUCAACUUUUUUCGUCUGACUGUGUUGUCGCCUCUGCUUUCUCAGAAAGACAUGGACUUCUUUCUCAAUGAAAUUGAAAGACUGGGAAAUGAUUUGUGAAAAAAGUCAAGUUAUAGAUGUGAACCCCUUGUCCAUCUAGAAUUUGAGACUAUGUCCAAAGUGCCCCACUGUAAUGUCACAUAUUCUAUUUCAGACAGAUACCAUAAUAUAACAAGGUUAUAAAUUUUUGAAGAACAUAGACCAAAAUAUGAAUGAACGGAUAAAUAAAUAGAGAGGGUCCUUAUUCUUGAUUAAUGUCAAAUGACUUAUUUUAAAGAUAUUUUGAAACAUUGUCAUUGAAUUAAAUGUUCUAUUCUGAAAUUAGUUUACAAGAGAUAUUUUCCAAACCAUUUUGUAGCUGUAUGGAGUAUAGUUUUUACAGACAAUGUAAAUUUUGUUGGAUCAGCAUCAUAUGCCAAUGCUGCCGGAGCCCUGGUUUGGCAUUGAAACCCGGGCGGCCAGACAAAUUUGCUGCAGAGUGGAAGUGGAAGAAGGAUCGACUCCAGGUGUCACUUCAAAUUUUAAAGGACUCGUGGCGUAAUUAUCAGAGGAUUGUGGAAGGGGCCAGAAGGGAGUAUUUGUCAAAUGUCAUUGUAGCAAAUAGACAGAAUCAGCGUGUUUUAUUUGAGACAAUUGCUGCUGUUUUGGAUCCCCCACAAUCGAACUGGUUGGAUGCAUCUCCUGAAUUAUGUGAAAACGUUUUACAUUUUUUCAAUGACAAAGUUACUUCAAUUAAGGCUCUCUUUCAACUCCUGUUCAUAAUCCUUCGGAAUGUGGUCCUACUCUGGCCACGUUUGAUGUAUUUGAACGUGUGACUCUUUCAUUUUUAGAGGAGAUAGUUGGCCAGAUUAAGCCAUCUGGCUCUCCUUGUGAUGCUAUUCCUCCGUCCUUGUUUAAAGAAGUUUUCCCAUGCAUAGGAGAGGUGGUGCUAGCCAUUGUAAAUAGCAGUUUAUCUUCUGGUGUGGUUCCUGGACACUGCAAGCAUGCUGUUAUUCAACCUCUGAUUAAGAAGCCAGGCCUUGAUCAAACUGUUUUGAACAAUUUUAGACCUAUCUCUAAACUGUCUUUUAUUUCAAAAAUUUUAGAAAAGGUGGUGUAUACACAGUUGAAAUCCUUUUUAGAUGAGCAGAACUUGCUGGAAGUCUUUCAAUCGGGUUUUAAAACCCAGCAUAGCACUGAAUCAGCCCUGUUGAGUUUUUAAUGAUAUCUAUAUGGCAACUGAUGCUGGCAAUUUUGUGGUUCUUGUUUUAUUGGAUUUGACAGCUGCCUUUGAUAUGGUUGACCAUGAUAUUUUGAUAUCGCGACUGGAACAAUUAGUGGGUAUCUGGGGC